AUGGCAGCGAAAGCAACAGGCACUGUUGUUGGAAAAGGCGGCUGUGAAGGUGAUACAUUUAAUGGUAAUGAAACAAUAACAAUAUCGAUUCAAGAUACAAGUCGUACUUGCGCACCAGCUAUUACACUUGGUCAACAACAAAUAACUUUGAAAAAAGGAGAAAAAUUUCCGAUUAGUUUUGAUAUUCAAUAUCAAAAAGAAGAAGCAAGCAAAGUACCUGAUCAUGGUUUAACAUUAAGUGCAAGAAUUGAAGAUGAUAAGGGUAAAUUAUUAUAUGUUAAUGAUACCCGUACAAGUGCUAAAGGCAACAAAAUUGAAGUCAUCAAAGUUUAA